CCACAGCCCAGGGAGCACAAGCCUUUGGCUCUCGUCUGCCAGCUUCUCCACUGUUCAGACACCUCCUUAUCUCCAGCAUGACCUGUGGCUUCAGCUCCGUGGACUGUGGGUUCAGCCCCAGGAACUUCAGCUGCGCCUCGGCCUGCGGGCCCAGGCCAGGCCGCUGCUGCAUCACGGCCGCCCCCUACCGCGGCGUCUCCUGCUACCGCGGCAUCACCGGGGCCUUCAGCAGCCGGAGUGUCUGCGGGGCCUUCCACUCCGGCACCUGUGGCCGCAGCUUCGGAUAUCGCUCCGGCGGCGUGUGCGGGCCCAGCCCUCCAUGCAUCACCUCCGUGUCGGUCAACGAGAGCCUGCUCGCGCCCCUCAACCUGGAGAUCGACCCCAGUGCGCAGUGCGUGAAGCAGGAGGAGAAGGAGCAGAUCAAGUGCCUCAACAGCAGGUUCGCUGCCUUCAUCGACAAGGUGCGCUUCCUGGAGCAACAGAACAAGCUGCUGGAGACCAAGUGGCAGUUCUACCAGAAUCGCCAGUGCUGCGAGAGCCACCUGGAGCCGCUGUUCGAGGGCUACAUCGAGACGCUGAGGCGGGAGGCCGAGUGUGUGGAGGCCGACAGCGGGAGGCUGGCCUCUGAGCUCAACCACGUGCAGGAGGUGCUGGAGGGCUACAAGAAGAAGUAUGAAGAAGAAGUUGCACUUCGGGCCACGGCGGAGAACGAGUUUGUGGCUCUAAAGAAGGAUGUAGACUGCGCCUACCUGCGCAAGUCGGACCUGGAGGCCAACGCAGAGGCCCUGACCCAGGAGAUCAACUUCCUGCGGCGGCUGUAUGAGGAGGAGAUCCGCAUUCUCCAGUCCCACAUCUCAGACACCUCAGUCAUUGUCAAGAUGGACAACAGCCGGGACCUGAACAUGGACUGUAUUGUGGCUGAGAUCAAGGCUCAGUACGACGACAUUGCCAGCCGCAGCCGGGCCGAGGCUGAGUCCUGGUACCGCACCAAGUGCGAGGAGAUCAAGGCCACAGUGAUCCGGCAUGGGGAGACCCUGCGCCGCACCAAGGAGGAGAUCAAUGAGCUGAACCGCAUGAUCCAGAGGCUGACCGCGGAGGUCGAGAAUGCCAAGUGCCAGAACUCCAAGCUGGAGGCUGCAGUGGCCCAGGCCGAGCAGCAGGGUGAGGCCGCCCUCAGCGAUGCCCGCUGCAAGCUGGCGGGGCUGGAGGCCGCCCUGCAGAAGGCCAAGCAGGACAUGGCCUGCCUGCUCAAGGAGUACCAGGAGGUGAUGAACUCCAAGCUGGGCCUGGACAUCGAGAUCGCCACCUACAGGCGCCUGCUGGAGGGCGAGGAGCACAGGCUGUGUGAAGGUGUUGGAGCUGUGAAUGUCUGUGUCAGCAGCUCACGGGGCGGGGUCGUCUGCGGAGACCUGUGCGUGUCAGGCUCCCAGCCUGUGACAGGCAGUGUCUGCAGCGCCCCCUGCAGUGGGAAUCUGGUGGUGAGCACUGGAAUCUGCGCACCCUGCGGCCCGCUCAACACCACCUGUGGAGGGGGUUCCUGCGGCCUGGGGAGGUGUUAGGUGUGGCCCCCAAGAGUGAGCCAGAGAAGACCCUUCGGCCUGCCAGACAUACCACUGCCCCUGACCGGCCCCCAGCUGAGAAGCCGUUCUGUAGGCCAUUCCCCUGCUCAGCUUGUUCUCCUGGCUGAGCUGCAGCCUGGGACUGGACCCUUCCCUUCUGCUCUCCUGGCCUCUGGCCGCCCCCAGGGAGAUGGACUCGCCUUCCCUGGGAGGCACACUGCUGGGCUGCCUCCCCUGCCUCUCUGGCCUCUUGGCUCCCAUUUUCCCAAUAAACUGGGGGAGCCAUA